UAUUUCUUACUUUUAUUAAUUAGCAACUCGUAAGCAUAUUCCAAAUUUAUGUUACAAUGGGACUUCAAUUCGAGGGCGCAAUUGACAAUAUCUCUGCAGCUCAGCUAGAGUUUAUAAGCGAUGUCAUAAAAAAUCUUGGAUACACAGAUGUUAAGGUAACGAUCCUUGUAUUAGGCAAAGCAGGUGAUAACUUCGCAGCGAAUGUUAAAAGAAUUAUCAUACAAAACGGUAAUGGAGAACUGCGAAUGGUAGCAAAGUUUGCGCCUACACAUGAGCUGGUUAGAUCGUCAAAUAAAACUGAAUAUGUAUUUAAGAAUGAGCACAUUAUGUACACGCAAGUUCUACCAAAAUUCCAACAAUUAGAAGAGCAAGCAAACGUGCCUAAAGAAGACAGGCUACGAUUUCCAAAAUGUUAUGGAAGCUAUACCAAUGCUCCAAACGAACUGAUCCUCCUAGAAGAUCUUCAAGUACCAGGCUUCAGCAUGUUGGAUAGAUUUAAGCCUUUACCAGACCAAUGUAUAAAGUCAGUGCUGAAGAAUUUCGGGAAACUACAUUCACUGUCAUUCGCCUUGAGGUAUAAGGAUUUAGAUGCAUUUAAUGAAUACACGAACGCCCUCUACGACCCAUGGGUUAACGUAGAGUUGGAUUCACUUGGAGAUUUAAAAAAACUCGUAACUGACAUAGAAGAUAAAGCAGUAAUGGCCGCCGAUGGAGAAAAAGCAAAGAGGUUACUGAAAGGAUGCCUUUUUGAUAAUUUAGAAGAGACGAUUGCAAUGAAGAAGGAUCUCCUGAAAUCAAGACACUCCGUCAUUGUGCAGGGUGAUGCUUGGACGAACAAUAUUUUAUUUAAAUUCGAUGGAGACAGUCUCGAAGAGUCCGUGAUGAUAGACUACCAAUUGUCCAAGCUGGAGAACCCGACAUUUGACAUCAUGUACCUCAUUUUCAACUGCACUGACCACGAGGAUCGCCUUAAGAAUUUCAAUGACUGGAUCGACUACUACCACACUGAGUUAGACAAAGCACUUCACAACCAUGACCUUAAAGCCGAGCACGUGUAUCCUAGAAACCAAAUUGAUAAAGACAUGAAGAAACUUGGUAAAGGCAUGUUGGGUGUCUGUGUGCUAUCAGCAUGGAUAACGCUAUUGCAACCUGAUGACGCGGUGAAAGUAAAAGAAGCUUUGGAAACUAACCAAUUCGAAGAACUUAAUGAAAUGACAAAAUAUAACGAAGAGUAUAUGUCGAUGUUCAAAAAACGAGUGAACGGUCUUGCAGAAAGUUUUGAACAUUUUGGAUUUUUGAAAUCUACAAAGAAAAAUAAGCCGUUUAUUCACUUCACGUUAUUGCUUGAUAAUACAAACAACAUGGCGCACAAGUUCGAAGGUGCGGUUGAAAACAUAAGUGAAAUACAACUAGGAUACAUAAGUGAAGUUAUAGAGAAACAGGGUUACAAGGACAGUAAAGUAACUAUUGAAGUGGUAGGUCAAGCCGGUGAUAACUACGUCGCAAACGUAAAGAGAAUAAUCGUCCAUGGCGAUAAUGCAGAAUUUCGUAUGAUUGCUAAAAUCGCACCACAGCUAGAAUUAACCAGAAAUUCAAUGCACAUUGAAAAACUAUUUAGAAAUGAGCAUGUUAUGUACACUAAGGUCCUGCCGAAAUUCCAACAGUUGGAAGAACAAGCAGGUCUACCGAAAGAAUCCAGGCUGAGGUUUGCAGAGUGCUACGGGUCCUUGACAGAUGCCCCACAUGAAGUGAUACUUCUUGAAGACCUGCAAGUAUCAGGCUUUGUAAUGCUGGACAGAUUCAAGUCACUGUCCGAUGAAUGCAUCAAAUCUGUGUUAAAAAACUUCGCAAGCCUACACUCGCUAUCUUACGCAUUGAAACAUAAGGAAAUGGAAACGUUUAAUGCAUUCAACAAUGAACUCUAUGACGCGUGGGUUAAUAUGGGCGACAAUCCCAUGACCCUGGCUUUCUUCAAUCAGUUGGAAAGUACAGCUAUUAUGGUAGCGGAUGGAGCAGAAAGAAAAAGAUUAUUGAAGGGAUGUAUAAGUCAAUCAAUAGAGCAGGGGCUUAAAGCGAUAAAACAAGACGUUGGCUCAAAGUACUCAGUCAUACAACAAGGAGACUCAUGGACAAAUAACAUAAUGUUCAAGUUUAAUAAUGGCGUGCUCCAACAAUCCAUCAUGAUAGACUACCAGGUGUCCAAAGAAAGCAGUCCUGUCUGCGACAUCAUGUACCUCCUCUUCAACUGCACGGAUUAUAAGACUCUAAAACUCUUUUUCAACGACUGGAUCGACUACUACCACUCUGCAUUAGACCGAGCCCUCUACAAUUACGGUCUAAAAUCCAGCUACGUGUAUCCUAGAGACAAAUUAGAUGCUGACAUUAGAAGAUAUGGUAGAGUCAUGUUUGGUACAUCAGUCAUCAUAUCUAGUGUGAUUGUAGUCAAGCCUGAAGCUGCGUUGCAAGUCAAAGAAGCUAUGGAAAAGGCACAAACCAUGGAGGCACUUCAUCAAACAGAAGAUUUAGAUCCAGAAUAUCGUCAGAUGUUUAAGCAGAGAUUAGAAGGAGUUAUAGACAGUUAUUUGGAGUUUGGCUUGUUGCAAUUGUAGUGUGAUGUAUAAAUUAGGUUAGACGUUUGCUUAACAUUAACAAUGAUUUGAAUGUGACGAUACUGGAGCAUUUUAAUAUAAAAGUUGUUUUAUAAUAAAAAAAAGUUUCGUCAUUCUUAUUUUAAUCCUAUAACGACAAAGUAAAUUUUGCGGACCUACUAAAAUAAGAAUUCUCAAUUAUUAUUAAUUUAAAUUUCCACUCCUAAUUAGGCUAUCGCUGCUGUAACGCUACAGUGCUUGCACAAUAUUACUUGAAGCCAAAGAUAUACCCAUAUACAUUCAUCAGAGAGAUAGGCUUACAUAGGCAGAGGUGCAACCAGCACAACUACUUGUCGCUAAGGGUAUUCAAUCGCAAGAAGUUAUGGGGUGAUAGUCUAGUCAUAUAAAAAUAGACAAAACUGUAAUUUAAAUACAAUUAAAAAAUAAAUCACAUUUGCAUUAGGUUUACUUUGCAAAGGAGUAGGAUGUUUUUUGUAGCCUACGAGUUUUAGUAAUUCAUUCCUAAAGCAAUGAAAAUAAUUUGGCUAUCUUAUCUACCAAAAUUAUUGAUAUGUAAAAAUACUUUACGUAAAUGUUUUUAUGUCGUACAAUAAUAUUAUCUUUUAUAGUGAUGACUAAGCUUUUUUUAAGCAACGACAACCUUCCAUUUUCCACAGAGCUGAAGAGUGUGGUUAUAAUAAAUACUUGUUCCAAAAUCUAAA